UAUCUUAUCUUUAUAUCGGUGAAAUGUGCUAGAACGGAAGAGCUCAAUCUGCACUGGCAUCCAUGGAGAUAAUAAGCCUAGCUAGCACACUUGCUGUGUUCUUAUGCGUACACAGUUCUGCAGAAGGUUUGACAUGCUAUGAUUGUGGUCAAAGCGUAAUCACCCAGCAACGGAGAUGCAACGCAACAAGCACGUGCCCGCAGGGACAGAGAUGUCUGUUGAAGUCGUUAGUUUCCUCGAUAGAUGGCCAUAAACAGUUUGAAAUGAGAUGUGGUAACGUCGAGGAAUGUGACGGAGUAGAAAUUGUACCGGUGGGGAAACGUGCUGUGCAUUCUCGUAGUUUGACACUGGAAUGCUGUACUACAAACCUCUGUAAUAUACCUGCCUUUGGUCCAGUAGUUCCGAGCGUUAGCACGUGUUACCGUGAUAUUGAGGUGAUGCUCGAGGAUUCCACUGGGGUGUCUGUGGCUGAGCACGGGAUGUUGAUUCAGUUCCUCAAGUCAUUUGUCAGCCAUAUGAACAUUGGAGCUCAGUCCAACCAGAACGAGAAUGUAAGAGUUGUUAAUGUGAUAUGUCAUGGGGCAAGAUUUCAGGAAGACACACUUUCAGUAGCUUCAUACCCGGCAGUUUAUUACGACCUGUCAGUGCUUUGA